UUACUGAGUGCUGUGACGGAAGGUUUUUAUCUCCUCAGGAUCAUAGCAGAGUUCUGGACUGAAACAAACUUCCUACAACCAGACAGAACCAGUUAGAACUAGCUAGAACCAUACAGAACCAGGUAGAACCAUGCAGAACCAGACACAACUAUAGAUAACCAGUUUGAACCAGCUACAAAACGGACAUAACCAGUUAUAAACAGACAAAUAGAAAGAACCAGCUAGGAUGAAGACGAGAGGAAGUCUGAAUAUCUACUUCCUGUUGAUACUAGUGGACUGCGGCUACGCCAUUCAGAAAGCGCCUCGCAUCAUCACGCUACUGGAGACGGUGGACGUCCUAUUGGACCACAACGCCUCCUUUAUCUGUGAAGUGGAGUCCCGCCCCCCUGCGGACAUCACCUGGACCAGGAACAACCAGCCAAUCCUGUACUAUGACCACCGGUACUCCACCAGGGAGGGCGGUCAGAUGCUGCACAUCAGCCAGGCGAGGGAGGCCGACAACGGGGAGUUCUGCUGCAUCGCGUCCAACGGCAUCGGACAGCCUGCCCACAGCUGUGGAGCUCUGCAGCUCAAGAUGAGACCUCAGAUCAAACGUCCUCCCACCAACCUCACUCUCCUGCUGGAGUCCAAGGCCUUGUUGCCCUGUGUCACCCUGGGCAACCCAAAGCCUGACAUCACCUGGCUCAAAGACGAUGAGCUCGUCCAGGUGAGCAGCCGCGUGUCCAUCUUGGACUACGGCUCACUGAAGAUCCACAACCUGCAGAGGGAAGACGCUGGUCAGUACCGCUGCGUCGCCAGGAACAGCUUCGGCAUGGCCUUCUCCAAACCAGUCUCCAUACUGGUCCAGGCUCCAGCCAGGAUCCUGCGGGUGCCAGAGGAGCAGCGUGUUGCGUACGGAGCCCAGGUGUCUCUGGAGUGUCACGCCACGGGGAACCCUGUCCCCUCCAUCAGCUGGCUGGAGAACGGAGACACGGUGUCAGGAGCCUCAGUAGAGGAGACAAUGGUGGGGGAGGUGGUGAUGUCAGUUGUCAAGGUAACGGUGACCAGACCAGCGCUCUACACAUGUCUGGCGACCAACAGACAUAACUCUGGAGCGAACACCGCCAAGGUCACCGCCAAGGUCACUGUCGCAGAGUGGAGGCUGUACAAAGGGACCUCAGGGUACUGCAGUGUGCACCGGGGCAGCGCGUGUCGCAGCGUCCUGCCAGAUGAUUUGCUCGUCUUCUUUAACUCCUCCCAAUCGGACCCCGAGGGCGCGCAGGACUUCCUGGUUCAGAGCUGGUGGGCGGAGCUAGAGACCCUGAGCAUGCUCUGUAGGCCUGUUGCUCGCUCCCUCCUCUGCCACCUCUCCUUCCCAGACUGCAACCCAACUGGACUCGGCCCUGCCCCCAAACCACUCUGCAGGGAGCACUGCGAGGCGGUGAGGGGUCUGUACUGCCAGAAGGACCUCCUGGGGAGACCUCAGGGUCUCUACAGCCCCCUGAACCCCCAGACCCCCCAGGCCCCUCAGACCCUCCACACCCACAACCAUCUGCUGAGCAGCUGCCAGGACCUGCCCAGCCUGGACACCGACCCUGACGCCUGCACACACCUCGCCUUCCCCGAUGUGAAUGAAGAUCAGGUGACCACCACGUGCUACAAGGACAGAGGCCGGUUCUACGCAGGUCAAAUCAACUCCACGGUCUCUGCCGUGCCCUGCCAGGCCUGGAGCCAGCAGGCCCCCCACCAGCACUUCCUCUCUGCAGUGGUCCCAGAGUUGAGGAGGUCAGAGAACCAGUGCAGGAACCCUGGAGGGGCCCGGGAGCGGCCCUGGUGCUACACCAGCCAGCCCUCACUACGCUGGGAGUACUGCCCCGUCCCCCGCUGCGGACACACAGAGACAGUGGUGAACACAGAGCUGGUUCCCCAGCAGACGCCGGUGGUUCCUUCAUCCUCGGUCUCUCCAGCGUACUCCAUGUCCAUCAUCAUCAUCCUCCUCAGUACCCUGGCCAUCACAGCCUUCUUCUCCAUCAUCAUCCUCGGCUGCAGACGUCACAGGAAGCAGUGGAGGAACAGGAAGCGGGAGUUGGAGACCCCGGCUCUGAGCGCACUGCCCUCUGACCUCCUGCUGGACCGUCUCCAUGCCAACCCCAUGUACCAGCGUCUCCCCCUGCUCCUCAACUCCAAGCUGCUGGCACUGGAGUUCCCCCGCAACAACAUCCAGUACGUCAGGGACAUCGGCGAGGGCGCCUUCGGACGAGUCUUCCAGGCCAGGGCCCCAGGUCUGUUACCCAUGGAAACCUUCACCAUGGUAGCGGUGAAGAUGCUGAAGGAGGAGGCGUCGUCGGACAUGCAGAAGGACUUCCAGAGGGAGGCAGCUCUCAUGGCCCAGUUCCUUCACCCGAACAUUGUGCGGCUGCUAGGUGUGUGUGCGGUGGGGAAGCCCAUGUGUCUGAUGUUUGAGUACAUGGCUCAGGGGGACCUCAACGAGUUCCUGCGCCGCCGCUCCCCCAGCCGCUCCGUGCGGACGCUGAGCCGAGCCAGCCUAUCGGGACGCAGCUUCUCCUCGGAGCUGGAGGCGGGGAUCCUCUGCUGCGCCGAGCAGCUGUCCAUCUCCCAGCAGGUCGCCGCGGGGAUGGCCUACCUCUCCGAGAGGAAGUUCGUCCACCGCGACCUCGCCACGCGGAACUGCCUGGUGGGCGAGGACAUGACGGUGAAGAUCGCCGACUUCGGCCUGUCCAGGAACAUCUACUCGGCCGACUACUACAAGGCGGACGAGAACGACGCCAUCCCCAUCCGGUGGAUGCCCCCGGAGUCCAUCUUCUACAACCGCUACACCAGCGAGUCGGACGUGUGGGCGUACGGCGUGGUGCUGUGGGAGGUGUUCUCCCAGGGCAUGCAGCCCUACUACGGCAUGGCCCACGAGGAGGUCAUCUACUACGUCCGGGACGGACACAUCCUGGGCUGCCCCGAGAACUGCCCCCUGGAGCUGUACAGCCUGAUGAGGCUGUGCUGGAGCACGCAGCCCUCCGACCGGCCCAGCUUCUGCAGCAUCCACCGCAUCCUGCAGCGCAUGCACGCCAACGUGCAGCCGGGCUCGCCCGGCACACACCGAGACGCGGCCGACACACACUCAAACACUCUCAGCAUGCACCACACCGUGCACCCCAACACACCCGGUACCCACCGAGGCGUGUCCGACACACACUCAAACACACAGAAUACACACUCAAACACGCUCAGCAUGCAGCCAGAUUUGCGAAACGCACACUCAAGGUGUGUGUCGCCCAACACACCCAAAGAAACGCCCAGCAUGGCCCAAAACAUACCUUACAUGUACCAGGACAUGCCCCCCAUACCCCAAAACAUACCUUACAUGUACCAGGACAUGCCCAACACACCCCAAAACAUACCUUACAUGUACCAGGACACGCCCACCAUGCCCCAGAACAUACCGAACAUGUACCAGGAACACACCAACACAAACAACUUAGCCAUCAUAGAGACAGAGCUGGAGCCCGAAUGCUAGAACUUUUUCCUUCCCC